AUGAGCGUCUCACUCAUAGCUCCUCUCUCCCGGGGCUCUGUUCGUCUUGCUGAUUCAAGUAUGAACACACCGCCGUUGAUUGACCCACAAUGGCUUGCGGAUCCAACAGAUAUGGAUCUGACCAUCCAAGCUGUCAACCGCCAACGAGAGAUUUGGGCCGAAUUGGUCAAUCUGGGCGUCGCCGAGAGUGAAGAGUACUUUCUUGGGAUCGAUAUGUCGAGUGAGGCCCAGAUCCGAUAUUGUAUUCAACGGAGUAUGACUACUAUAUACCAGGCGUCGGCGACGUGCAAGUCGGGACAGCAGAAGGACCCUAUGGCCGUGGUGGACAGCAAUGCACGUGUGUUCGGAGUUGAAGGAUCGCGAGUAGUUGAUGCUAGCAGUCUUCCAUUCCUCCCUCCUAACCAUCCACAGUCAACAAUCUACGCUUUUGCGGAGAGGAUUGCAGACGAGAUCCUUCAAGGUAGUGAGGUAAUCUUUAAAAAAGCAAAACUCAGGACAAUUCUGUUUGAAAAUCCCAGUAUCCGUGGAUAG